AUGUCAGGCCCUCAUGUCAUUCUCAUUGAGUCUGACUCUGGUGGUUUGGUCACAGUCACUCACAGCCUGCCUGCUGUGUGCAGCCUUCUUUGGUGCCCUGGGCUCAUCCUUUAUGGCUACAACCUUUCCGUGGUAAACGCUCCUGCUCUGUACAUUAAAGCUUUUUACAAUAGGACAUGGAUUGAGAGAUACGGGGAGCCUAUUUCAGCAGAGACAGCAACUCUCCUCUGGUCCAUCACAGUAUCCAUAUUGUCUAUUGGAGGCCUUUUUGGAGCCCUGUCUACCUCUUUAAUUAUCAAAGUCCUGGGGAGAAAGGGGACCUUGCUGCUGAAUAACAUCUUUGCUGUAAUAGCUGCUUUGCUUCUGUCUCUGGGUGAGAUGUCAAGAUCUUUUGAGAUGCUCAUUAUUGGACGACUCAUUAUGGGGGUGGACUCUGGUAUUGCUCUCAGUGCUCUCCCUAUGUACCUGGGAGAAAUUUCCCCAAAGCAUUUCAGAGGUUUGAUUGGCCAGUUUAACUCCAUCCUGAUCUGCUUUGGAGUGUUCACUGGACAAGUGCUGGGGCUGCCUGAGCUGCUGGGUCAGGAGUCCACCUGGAUUUACCUGUUUUCCUUCCUCGCAUUGCCGGCGGUGCUGCAGCUGUGUGUGCUGCCCUUCCUUCCUGAGAGUCCUCGCUACCUGCUGAUGGAGAGGAGGGAUGAAGCGGGAGCGGAAAAAGCCUUUCAGAGGUUUUUGGGAAAGAAGGAUGUGUCCCAGGAGCUGGAAGAGGUCCACAUGGAGGCUCGAGCUCAGGACAAACUGCAAACCGUCUCUGUGUUACAGCUGCUGAAAAGCCCAGCUGUUCGCUGGCAGCUCAUAACUGUCAUCAUCACCAUGGCCUGCUAUCAGCUCUGUGGCCUCAAUGCUAUCUGGUACUAUACUAAUGGGAUUCUUCGGGAAGCAGGCUUUGCCGAGAACAUACGCCCCUACAUCACACUCAGCACAGGAGCUAUAGAGACUCUGGCUGCCAUCAUCUCAGGCUUGGUGAUAGAACGAAUUGGCAGGAAGCCCCUUCUCAUAUUUGGUUUCGCUUCCAUGGCCGUGUUCUUCAGCCUACUCACAGUUUUCCUCAAUUUCCAGGAUAGGGUGUCAUGGAUGCCCUACCUCAGUUACAUCUGUAUACUAGCUGUGAUUGCCUCGUUUUGCUCUGGACCAGGUGGCAUCCCCUUUAUCCUGACCGGGGAACUGUUUGAACAGUCCUACCGACCUGCUGCCUUCAUGAUUGCUGGCACAGUAAACUGGCUGUCUAACUUUGCUGUGGGCCUCCUUUUCCCAUUCAUUCAAGAGACGCUGCAGUCGUUUUCCUUCCUUGUGUUUGUGGCGUUCUGCACUUUGGGAUCUAUAUACCUCUAUGUGGUCCUCCCUGAAACCAAAAAUAAAACAUUUAUGGACAUCAGCCAGAGCUUUGCCAAGAUUAACAAAAUGCCCAUCCCCUCCCCUGGCCACGAAAUGGAGCUGGUUCUAUCCAUUAACUCUGACCCGAAUGGAAAAGUCCAAGAUGUCACUAAGAUGUAAAGUUCCUUGUAAAAGCACAGAAAUAACAGAGAAACAAGGUUAAGAUGUUAAAAUAUUUCUUGUUUUUACAUAUUUACUGAGCAUAAUCAGUAAAGUUAAAAUCAAAGCUUUGUUGUAUAUUUUUUAUAUGACUGGAACUUUGAGAUAUAUUAAAG